AUGCACCCCUUACUGCCGCCACGCCACAGGGAUGCAGGGACAACUCUGCCUCAGAGCCAGCUGGGAGACAAGGUAGAGCAAGUGAAAUUACUAGACAGGUUCAGCACCAGCAAUAAGUCGCUAACAGGAACUCUGUACCUUACAGCAACUCAUCUGUUAUUCAUAGAUUCAAGCCAGAGAGAGACUUGGAUAUUGCAUCAUCACAUUGCUGCAGUGGAAAAACUUCCCUUGACUACUUCUGGCUGUCCCCUUGUGAUUCAGUGCAAGAACUUCAGGAUUGUUCACUUUGUUGUUCCCAGAGAGAGAGAUUGCCAUGACAUUUAUAACUCUUUGCUCCAGCUGUCAAGAACAGCACAAUAUGAUGAACUGUAUGCCUUCUCCUAUAAUCCAAAACAAAAUGCAUCUGAGCAAGUCAAAGGUUGGCAGCUUAUUGAUCUAGCAGAAGAAUAUAAGAGAAUGGGAGUGCCAAAUGCCAAUUGGCAGUUGUCCGAUGCAAAUCGUGAUUAUAAGAUUUGUGAAACCUAUCCUAGAGAACUUUAUGUUCCCAGAACUGCAAGCAAGCCUAUAAUCGUUGGUAGCUCCAAGUUCAGAAGUAAAGGAAGAUUCCCAGUAUUGUCCUAUUAUCAUAAAGAGAAAGAGGCUGCAAUUUGCCGAUGCAGUCAACCUCUCUCAGGUUUCAGUGCCAGGUGCCUGGAAGAUGAACACAUGUUGCAAGCAAUCAGUAAAGCAAAUCCUUCAAAUCGCUUUAUGUAUGUCAUGGACACCAGGCCAAAGCUUAAUGCAAUGGCAAACAGAGCUGCUGGGAAGGGCUAUGAAAAUGAGGACAACUACUCUAACAUUAGGUUCCAGUUUGUUGGAAUUGAAAAUAUUCAUGUAAUGAGAUCCAGCUUACAAAAACUUCUGGAAGUCAGUGGUACAAAGGGUUUGUCUGUCAAUGACUUCUUGUCUGGUUUGGAGAGUUCUGGAUGGCUGCGUCAUAUCAAAGCUGUACUGGAUGCUGCUCUCUUCCUAGUCAAGGCAAUAGCAGUUGAGAGUGCAAGUGUAUUAGUGCACUGCUCGGAUGGCUGGGAUAGGACUUCCCAGGUUUGUUCCCUUGGAGCUCUCUUACUAGAUUCCUAUUACAGAACAAUUAAAGGAUUCAUGGUCUUGAUAGAGAAGGACUGGAUCUCUUUUGGCCACAAAUUCUCUGACAGGUGCUGUCAGUUGGAUGGUGAUCCAAAAGAAAUCUCACCAGUGUUCACCCAGUUCUUAGAAAGUGUGUGGAAUCUGACUGAGCAAUUUCCACAAGCCUUUGAGUACAAUGAAGCUUUCCUUCUUCAAAUCCAUGAACAUGUCCAUUCAUGUCAGUUUGGAAACUUCCUUGGAAAUUGCCAAAAAGAGCGGGAAGAACUAAAAUUUAAAGAGAAGACUUAUUCCUUGUGGCCAUUCCUUCUGGAUGAACAAAAGAAAUAUCAAAAUCCUUUAUAUAAUCCAGAUUUUUCUCCGAAGCUAACUCUUUUGGAGCCUAACACAGUGUCUUUCAAUUUUAAGUUUUGGAGAAAUAUGUACCAUCAAUUUGAUCGAAGUAUGCAUCCCAGGCAAUCUGUAUUAGAUCUUAUCAUGAACAUGAGUGAACAAAAUAAACAACUGGAGAAAGACAUUAAAGAACUGGAAGCUAAAAUUAAGCGGAGAAAUGGUCAGUCAGAUGCAGUCCUCAUGAAGGAGCCUUUGCAUUCUGCCCCUCCUGCACCCAUGGCACUGAAAACCCCUCCAUGCUUCAAGAAGGAGCAGCCACUGAUGCCUGUGAAUGACUCUGUGAGAACUAUAGAGGGCAGCAGCACACCAGACAAUCGCUACAGUGAAUUCAUGGAAGAGCUCUCAAAAGCUGAGCCUGCUGUUGUCAGCUUGGAGUAUGGAGUGGCCAGGAUGACCUGUUAAUUGAAAUCUGGCACAGUGCUCUGCUUUUCUAGACUGAUUGAAAUAAAAGGGAGAUUAUUGUGAGGAUGGGUCUGUGCUGCAUGACCAAAACUUGAUUUGUAUAUUUGCAAAUUUUAUUAUGUAGGCUAGAACAGCAUGCUAAUUGUCAAGUACUUGCUGUUCUCUUUAAAAAGAAAAAAGUAUAACUGUAUUUUAAAGGAAGGGGCAUUUGGUAAGUAGUGACAAAAGUGUUCUUGAACUUAUGUCAGUUUGCACUAAAUUGAUUAAAAUAGUAAUGAUAGUAAUGUUACUUAUGAUAACUUAGUAUAGGAGAACACAGGUGAUCUUUCACAAGUUGAUUUUAUUUAGGCAACAAAACUUGUGCUUUCUACUUUAGAAACUGAAGCUACAUGUAUAUAUUGCAUACAAUAUAAAUAUGUAUACCUUUGUUUAAUGUCACCCACUACUAAAUUUCAGUGUAUUAAGUGCCAUGAAAAAGUGCGAUAUAUCAAAUCAUAACUAGUUGGCCUUAAACCUAUUAGUCGGUAAUAUUCUUGUCCUUGACUACUGCAGCCUGUAAUCUGACUAUUUAUAUUGUGCUUGCUCAGAUUUGUUAUUUCCUUAAAGCAGGACUGGAUGUAGGGAAUGAAGCACACCUAAGCUGGUGCAGCCUGACAGCAAAUAGCUAUAUGAAUGCUAACUUACCACUGAAGAUGUCAUGUCUUCCCCUCCCCCCAAAUUCCUUUAUUGUUUAAAAUAUAAUUGGCCAGAUCUUGCUCUCUAGCAACAGUGAGCUUCCAUGAAACUAUAAUUCACGUGUGUGAGAUCUUAAGCAUUGAUAUUUAAUGGUGAAGUAUAAAAAGAGUAAAGGAUAUCCUUAAAAGUCAAUAACUGAACAGCUGUAUUCCCUUCCAACUGUUUACUGUGUGUGGUUUCAAGAACAGAAGCACAAGUUCUAGCAUAGUCUGAUGCUGACUAUCCUCAGAUACAAAAAACUUGUUUCACUCGUGUCUGCCCAUGAGAAAUGGAGUGCCUCAUACUAAAUCUUUGGGGGAAAAAAAUUUCAAUAGUUAGCAAAGUCUCCCUUUUAUCUUGUAGAACUUCUGACUUAGACUUUUCUGAAAAAAAUUCAAUUUAAACUGGAGCUUCUUUUUUAUAAUUUGAGAGAGGACAAAAACUGCUUCUGGCAGGAUACAGUAGAAAUCCUGGGACAUAGGAAAACUUAAAGUAUCUAAACUUAAUUGUGUGUCUAUAGCUUAUCUUGGUAAGGGAGAAGGUUUUGCCCAAGUCUCCCUCCCAUGAUAGAUUUUUCUGGGCAGUAGCAUUUGAAAACAGAACAGGGAAAUAAAAAUGUGAGUGCCUAAUCUUUAAGUAGAGGUACAAAUAACAAGUUUAGUUAUUAAGAUUCCUAGGUAUGGUGUUAGAUUAAUGCUACCAAUUUUUGUCUCUGGAUUUAAAUCCUUUUUGGUUACAAGUGAAACAAGUUUAUUCUCAUCCUAAUCCCUAAAUUCUGUUUUGUUAAAACUACCAGUGCACCACACAACUUCAUAUAAUUGGCAGCGUUUCUCUCUACCCCAAAUUAGAUCCAGGACUCUGUUACAAGGCCAGUCCAUAAGUCAUGAUCAAGUUGCACUUGUGAAGCUGUCUGAGAGAAAUGAAUUAUGGCCCCUGUAUUUAGGGAGUUUUAAUUGUUCAUUUCACCAAUUUUUUUAAAAGCCUAAACCUGUGAAUAAAGAUUCAUAAAAGCUUUCUUUAAUCUCAAAGAGAUGAGAGUAAUGCCAUCUUUAAAAUACAUUAUCCAGCCAUUUAAACACAUUUAGACUUUAUAUUUUUCCACUACAGGUUUUGGCAGAGUUUCACAUUUGCAUGCAUGGUGCCUUACAAGGUUGCAGCAAGAGAGGUUUUUGUGCCUUGUUACUUGUUGUCUCCCUCUCCGCCCCUUACCUUCUGUAUCAACAUGGUUCUAUGGUUUUUCUUUGCAGAACGUCUUGUAUAUAAGACUUGUGUUUUAUCACACUAGUGAAACAAAUUUAUCACUGACAGUAUAGGUAAAUGUUAUCACUUUACUAGUUUGUCUUAAUAUUUAACUGCUCUGGUGUGCCAUGUACAUUAUUUUUCAUAUUUAUUGUUUAGAGUUACGGACUCGAAAGAUUGUAUUAAGCUUUUUGGCAAGUAUUGUGGUAUGUGUGGUUUUUUCUCUUUUAAAAGCCUUAUUAUACAGGGGUACUCAGCUCUUUACUGGAAAGAAAUAGCUCUUCUCUUUAACGUUAAAGUGUGUUUGUUCCAGUCUUCACACCCUCCUUAUUGGAAGAAUUCACUUUUUACUAAAAAGAAGGAAUCAGGCUGCUGUUUUAUUUUAAAUCAAGGUAGAUCUUAAGCUAGUCCUAAAGAGUUAUUAAAAACAGUCUGCUUUGGUACAGAAUGUGUUUAGUCAUCAAAAAAUACUAUAUUUCCUCAUUUAAAACAUGUUACUCCAGUGAAUAAAUGAAUAGACUUUUAUAAGGUUGUUUUGUAGAGCAGCCUUCAUAUAAAGUCCAGACAGCUUUGCCAAUUCAGCCCCCAGGGUCACCAGUGAGAAAAGUUCCUGCAGAGAGCCAGCUGUCUCUUCUCAUUUGCUAUUUGGGCUUAGGCCAAAACUACCUAAAGCACAUCGGACCUGAGGUGUGGUAAAUAGAUGGUAGCAAAGUGAGCACCAGUACAAGGCAUGGCAGAAUGGCUGUGACUCGGCUCAGUGGGGACUGUCCUGUGCCCUUCAAGAAGGGUUUAAAAACAAACCGACCAGUUGACUAAAAAGCUAUGGCAGAAGUCUGGGAACAAAAAUGUUGCUUCUUUUUUACUGCAUGGAUGUUUCUUUACUCUGGAAGCAUUUAUGGCGAUUACAAUAUUGAAAGGUGCCCAUUACAGCUCAGUAGAGGGCCUAGAAUUCCUUCCCCUUUAAGCUGUGGCCUUACAACUUUUGGUGCACUGACCAGUUUGGACUAACAUGCCCCAGGUGUAAAGUUGCUGUAGUUGAUUCUAUUUCAGCUGUUGCUAGACUUUGUAGCACCUGUCAGUUCUGUGCCUCAGUUUGAGAAAGUGUUGGUAACAUCACUGGGUUUUAAGUUUUGUGCUGUGUGUGUUUUUUCCAGUCUGAAUGCUGUAGAAGAGAAGUUACUCCUUUUAGUUAACGGAACUGUUAGUCUCACCUGAGCAACUAAAACUGCUUUCACUUUGUGUUCUAAGCAACAUUAAAUGUUUAUUUCAAAGUAUAGUAGCACAGAAGGAGUUGAGCAUAUUUUGGGGAAGUUAGCUAUUGUGAUCAUGUCCUCUUUAAGGCGAGUUUAGAUAUCCAACUGUUCUGUUCAGCCGGACAACUGCCAAAUCAACAGACUAAGAAAUUAAUUAAGCCACAUUGAACUGAGUCCAUAUGUUUUUCCACACAGGUCCAAUUACCAGUGACCUGAAUCUAGGGCAAAAGCCUGAAGUCUAGCAAGUCCAUUAGGGAAUGGAGCAGCAGUCCUUCCAUAAGAUACAGGGAUGGGCAGUUUUAUAUAAAGCAGAUGUCCUAAUAUAAUGUUCUUUUAGAGGAAAAGUUAUUACAACAUCAAACUAAAAUGAUUCAACAUGUCUCUUAGUAUAAGCACCCUGAAGAUUAACUUUCAGGGAAAGGUGUUGUGGUCUUUCUCUGCAGCUGCUAUUUUCCAAAUGCCUUUUUAUCUUUAUAAAGUAAUACAUUGCCAAAGCUGUGAGAACUUGCUACUCUCAUAUUGGUAAACUGAGCUGAUAACAGCCGCACAGUUGUUGCAGUUGCCCCAGUUCUCUUACGAAGGAGGGGAAAUGGGGCUGGAGUAGCUUGGCUUAACCACUCUCCUCUUAAGGAGAUGACAUAACUUAAACAACUGCAGUCUCAAGAAUAAUGAGUAUUGAUAGGGUGGGGCCUGGGUUCUUGGGAGUCCUGCCCUGCUCUUGGACAAGUAUGGCUAGGGUGAGGGCCUCAUACAAGAAAAACGAUUGCUUUCUAGUCAGCUUAAUGAUGUUCCAACUCUCAAACUAGAUCAUACCUCCCCAGUGGUAUGUUACUAGGUCUUUAGGUCAGAACCUAAAGGUUGGUCUUACACACUGUAUUUAGCUGCUAAUAGUCCCAAACCUGUGGCUGAUCAUGGAUGGUGUAGUGGUCAUGAAACUAUUUUAACCUUCAGGAUUAGAUCUUUAAAUUUGACUGGAGGCUACAUUGACUCACUUUCACCAGUAUGCUGCACUCUUGUUUCCUCUGAGUGUUGCUUAUUGUGGUGCUUGAUACCUUUCAGAUAUAAUGGGUUUCUCAAUGCUUUGAAUUUUCCAAAAACUGAGAAGCAUUGCAGUUUUCUUGACUAUUCUGAAGGCUUGGAUCCGCCUGAGUGAACAGUGAGAAUGUGCUUAUGUAUGAUCUAGUUAGCUUGACCUGUCUAUGUGUUGGAAAGCAUUGAAAAUUGGAGCAGCAUCAUAACUGAAUGGUGCAACUUCUGUAUGCACAAUAGGUGAAAGAAAGGAUAUAAUCAGGACCCUUGUCACACAUGGCAAGGAACAGGGCCUUGCUGGGGUAUUAUCCAUAAAAAGUAGAAGUAGCAGAGCUGUUUUGAUGCCCAGCAGCAGCUUGGGGGUGUGAGGUGGAAGGUCAGAGGACCAGUUUUGAGAUCAGUUUCCAGACCCCAGAGAAUUCAGUCAGCUGUUUAAUUAAACACUUGUUGCUGAGCAAUUCUGCAUCAACAACAAACAGUAAAUUAGACAAAUGUGGAUCCUCUUUUGAUUUUUUUUAUUUUUCUUCCCAUGUACUAACUUCAAGUAAUGAAUGUUCUCGUGGUGAUAUUGAAGUCAUCAGGUGCAGUGUUUCCUUUAAGUUUGUUUAUAGUUUAACUCUUGAGGUCAGUUACGUACUGUAUGUAGUUAAGGUGGGUUACAGUUUUGACAUGUACUGUAAAAGUCUUUGUCAUCUUAAUGACAAGGCUUGCACGCACAUCUCUCUUCUAUCUCUGGGUAGAUCUUUGCUUUCUCUGUAAAAGUUUUUUCCAGUCCUUCCCUAUAGUAGCAUUCCUAUUCAUUUAGUGUUACCUUUAGACUUAGAUUGGUUUGCUUGUUUUGUCUUACUGUUACUCUUAAAAUCAUAUAGCUCGUCUUUACAGCUGUCUGUCAAACAUCUCUUCAUCAAAGAAAACGGGUUUGUCUGUUUUCUGGCUCUCAGGAAUUUUUACCCCUGAACUAGUAAACUUGAAAAACAUGGCUUCUUUUCCCUUUCAGGGCUUCUGAGUGCCUCUCAACUUCCACAGUCAGUUUACUUACCAUCUUUUAACUUCAGAUGCGGCUAGCUAAAAAAGUAUUCAAAUAUUGGGUGUGGCAAAGGGAAAGAAAACUGUUUUGCAUUGUGAUCUAUUUGGAAAGACCGGCUGUUUUAUUACCAUUUAUUGUUCUGUGUAUUGCUUCCUGUAAAAGUCACUUAUCUCUGUGCUCGGAUCAUGCUUGAUGUAUAUUGCUGGAGAAACUCUAGCAAAUGGGGUUUUGUAACAAUUAUUUUAUUUGUACAUGUUUUGAAAAUCCACAAAGCUUAAAAUAAAGCUAUCUGAAUAUCUCUAGUCUAAUUGGGCAUUAAAUAGUCCAUUUACAAAAGCAGUAUAUAAACUUUAAAUUAUUGAAUUAAAAUUUCACUCUAUAGGUAGACCGUGUCUGAUGCCAACUAUGGAGGACAGAAAUGACUUGACCUGUUUAUUAGUUUCCUGAAUGAUUCAGUAACUUCCAGGUGUGUGAAACUGGCUCAAGCUUUCUUUUGUGGUAUUGGCUGUAGACUGCUGGCCUAUUAAUUAUGUGCACUGCUGAACUUAAGAGCUAAGAAUGAGGAGAAGAGUCUGUAUGUUUAUCUAGCAUUACCAUGACUCCAUACCUCGUCAUCCAGACUACUGUAUUCAACAAUAUCCAGCAAAUCUUUAGUAUUAAAUUGGAAUUGAAAACUUCAGACUCUUCUCAUGACUUUCCAAAAAACUUUUGAGAACUCGUUGGUUUAAUUGGUAGCUUUGGGGCUUCUUAGGACUAUACAACUAUAUUUUCAAUGUAGUUAAAAUAGCUGAUGUUGUGCUUGCGGUGGAUUUUUGUCACAGAAAUAAAGCUCUCCCUUUCCUAA